AUGCGUCGCCUGGCCGGGCUGUCAAAGGAAGACCUGCUGAAGAAAGUUGAGGCACUCGAAGAACAGCUGGCAGCCACAGAAACGGGGCGACAGGACCAUAGCUGGGGAGAGGCUUCGUUGGUAAGGCGUCAGUCUACCUUUUCCGCCGAGUCCGAUCGAGAUGUGCCACAGUCUCUUUCGACAGACACGCCAAGUGACCCAAGGACAGAUGGAGGCAGGGAAUUUCCUUUAGACUUUUCACCUCCUUCUCCAGGACCGGUGUCGCUCUGCCCGUCUCUGGACACAGCAGAAGCCCCGCGCCAUCUUACAUAUGAAGCGCAAGACACACCAAAUGACCCAUCUCGCUCAUCAAUACGUGUCACCGAAGAAGAAGGGCUACCGCUACUAGAGACAUAUUUGGAGAGUCUUCAUAGGAGAAUACCGUUUUGUGAUUACACGGACCUCCUGACGACUCUUAAAACCCAGCCAUCUCUGUCUGCUUCUGGCAUGGGGUUGUAUCGCCUUUACAUGGCGUGUACAAUUGGUGCCACAAUCAAAGCACUCACAGGCACUUCUCGAUCUCUAAAUCCCGGCAGAUACUUACAAAGAGCUUUGAAGGUGAAGGAAUCAUUAGACGAAGGCGAUCUGAUUGCGCAAACAGAAGCUGUGUUCUGGAUGGUUCUGUACAAGCUUCGAUUUUCCUUCUCAUCAAGUGUGUGGUAUCUCAUCGGCCUCGCUGUGAGGACUGCUGUGGAUGCUGACCUUCACCCCCACCGGAGGCAGAACGACGGCUUCGACUAUUUUGGUCGGUUUAUACAAUCGAGAGAAAUAUCUGUUGGUCACUACAACGACCGUUCAGCUUAUCCGACCAAGAUAUCGAUGCUCAGAUGCCUUCAAUAG